GACAACGUUCCGCGGGAAAUUCAGUACUGGGAAGAUUUCUUUCUUUAGUAACAUACAACAGCGCUUUAUAGCAUCCUGUAACGGAAAAUCCUGUUGUCAGUGAUUGUUUCUGAUUCGACUAACGUUACAAAAUGUCAAAGAAGAAAGGACUAAGCUUGGAUGAAAAGAGAAGUCGCAUGAUGGAGAUUUUCUUUGAAACGAAAGAUGUGUUUCAGCUGAAAGACAUUGAGAAGAUCGCCCCCAAGCAAAAAGGCAUAACUCCCAUGAGUGUGAAGGACGUUCUGCAGAGCCUGGUGGACGACAACAUGGUGGACUCUGAGAGAGUGGGUACGUCCAACUACUACUGGGCCUUUCCCAGCAAGGCCCUGCACGCUCGCAAGAACAAACUGGAGGAUCUGGAAAACCAGAUUUCUGAAGCAAAACAGCGAAAAGCGUCCGUUCAGAAAGCGGUUGAAAAAGCGAAAGUAGGACGUCAAGACACAAAGGAGAGAGGCUCUCUGCUGAAGGAGCUGCAGGCUCUGAGAGAGGAGCGGACGCAGCUGCAGGCCGAGGUCGAGAAGUACAGAGAAUGUGACCCCGAGGUCGUCGAGGAGAUGAGAAAGUCAAAUGGUGUUGCAAAAGAUGCUGUUUCCAGGUGGACAGACAAUGUUUUUGCCAUUAAGUCAUGGACGAAGAAGAAGUUCAACUUUGAUGACAGCCGCAUGAACAAAGCCUUUGGGAUCCCAGAGGAUUUUGACUACAUGGAGUGACUGCCAGCAUUUCUACAGGGGUUCAUAAUCACAAAAAAGGGAACAAAGGCCUCAGUUUGAAGGCAGUUUCCCCGGUCUCAGCAGUUCUAGUUUAUUUUCUGUGUAUAAGAGUUAUAUGAAAGUCCUUGUGUGGGCUUGAAGGAUGGAUAUCAGUAGUUUUGCUGUGGCAGAUGGACUUUAUCAGCUGAUAUGUUGCUUUGGUGAAACCAGAGAAGAGCAGCACAACCAUUAGUGGCCCGCAGGGUGAAGGGGUUCUGUGAUGAACACAAUCUAGCCCCCUGACUUUCGGGACACCUGUUUGCAUGGAAACUGAGAGCCCUAAGUUGAUGAUGGAAAAGGAAUCAACCCUUAACUCAUCUGUGUAUCGUCUGAUCUAAUGUAUAUGGUUUAAACAGAUGUUGAGGAAUCAAAUGAUUGUGAUUUUUCUUUAUGUUUUAGUUCGGCUGGGACAAAAAAAGUAAAAAAGCUUUUGGCUAUACAUCCAGUCCUAUUUGUUCACAAAAAGCACCCUGGGACUGAAGGGGAUUUAAACUACAGAGAAUGUGUUUGGGAUAUGUUAUGUUAACAAGUGCUGUAAAUAUUUAAAGUGCAUUUACUUUUCCAGGACCUCUUUUCUCUUCCUGCAAAUAAAAUGUCCUUUUGAGUUUUACUAGACAUUUUCGGCAGUCACAUUCAUUCUAAAACAUUGUGCACAGUGCAAGUAAAUGUGCACCCUCCUAUUUUUGUGCUUGAAUUUUUUCGAUACAUUUCACCUGAAACAUUGGGAUUUCAAAUGUUUAUCACAAAAGCACAACAUAAUUUUCCAGAGCUGCACACUCACUUUCUGUAUGACCAAAAAAGGAUCACUGUUGUCAUGACAUGUCGAGAAUGACUGCUGCCCUGCUUAUUUCCUCCCUCUUUCUUCUGUCAAACCAGAUGCAAAACAGGUAGUUGUCAGUUCUGUGUUCACUCAGUGACCUAGUUGAUGAAACCAAUGUGUCUGCGUUUGUUGACUUAAUAUUUUUAAAUGUGCUUCGUGCUCUUCCUGUCUUAUACAUCAGUUUAGUUUUCUUUCCAGUAGAUGAUUGAUAUCUGUUGAUCGUGACUUGCUUUUUAUUUAUAUGUUGCUUCAUUCAAGUUAUCUGUAAGCCAUUAAAGAAGAAGUUAGUAUUUGUUCACAAAUGUUAUGUGCCCAAUAUAUCUAUCCUUGCAAUCUCACCAUAGCCUAAUGAGUGUCCUGUUUAUGUUAUGUUUAAUGCUUCCUAAUGCAUAA